GUAUGCUUAGAGCUGUAGGCUAGGCUCUAGGACUAAAGUGACCUUGCACAUAAAUGACUAAGAAGAGCAAACCAGGAUUUUUACAGAAACUUCCUAACAACCAUCCAGAAAUGACUCUGCUCUGGAGUAUUUAUGUCUUUCUGAAAAACUGGCGAUGUUUAUCAUCACUUUUUACAAGUAAAUGACCCCUUGUUGCCUGUGCUUGUUUCUUGGUCAAGACCUGCAUGUUGUUGGCUUGUUGGCGUUUGUAGAUUGUAGACUGUCACUCAGCACUGUAGAGUCUUCUGCUUCUUGUACGAUCCCUAACUAGCAACACUCGAACCAUUGAUAACUGUGAUCUUACUCGAGCGGGGUUGCUUUCUUUUUCGAGUUCUUUGAGGUGCAGAGAUUGAUCAGUACCUGGCAGUGCCUGUCACAAAAAUGAAGCGAACGAACAUUUCCCCCUCUGUAGCGACCAUGGCGAUUCUGCCUCUAAUCCUGACUCUCUUGCUCUUGGUGGGAAGGACGAGUGCCCAUGGGUACCAUCGAGGAGGAGCCCAUGAUCAUUCCCAUGAACACCAUCAUCAUCAUCAUCAUGACGAGGAAGAAGAGGCAGCCACGGACAAUCUUCUACUAGAAAUCUCCAAUAUGGAACACAAGGACAAUAUCGAACCUUUGAGGAAUGGCUCGACACCGACGACUUUCGACAGAGCGGAGCUCGCUGUGGCUCUCAUGUUACUGAUGCAGACAGGGCCAAAGCAGACUCGGCCUUUCGCCAAUGGAAGAUUGCGCAUGACUGUACCGACGAUAAGUGUGAUUACCUCAACAAGAUGGUAAUGUCGCGGAGUUUUGUGACCAUUAACACAGUCUGGCACAACAUCCGAACGGACGCGGGGACGGAUUUUGCUUCUGAUCAGAUGAUUAUCGAUAGUAUGGAUGUGCUUAAUGCUGCUUAUUUGAGCGCUGGUUUCCAGUUUGAACUGACAUUCCAGCAAACUGUUGACAACACGAACUACUGGGAAGCUACUGCAGGUUCACAAGCCGAGUUCGACAUGAAGUCAAAUCUUAGAAUCGGUGAUUGCACCACCAUGAAUAUCUAUUCUAAUGGACAAGGCAGCAUCUUGGGUUGGGCAGCUUUUCCAUUUAAUUGUGAGGAUAAUAUGGUCUAUGAUGGGAUUGUUAUCAAUUACAAUACAAGUCCCGGAGGUACCGGAGCUCCCUUCAACGAGGGAGAUACUCUCGUUCAUGAGGUUGGCCAUUGGCUCGGUCUAUAUCACACUUUCGAGGGAGGGUGCUCUUCGUUUGGAGAUGGUGUGCUUGAUACUCCCGCGGAAGCCUCGCCUGAUUUCAAUUGUGAACAGAACCGGGACUCGUGCAAUGACGGGGGUGAUGCUGAUGAUGUUUCAAAUUUUAUGAACUAUUCGCCGGAUUCGUGCAUGGAUCACUUUACAAUCGGUCAAAUGGGAAGAAUGCAUACUUCGACUUCAGCCUGGCGAGUUCCUACGACUGCGGCUUCGGCGAAUGGUCGCCCCUUGCCACCCCAGGUGCCACCCGUAGCUUCAGCCUCUCGCCCCUUGCCCCCAGCUGCAGCGCCGACGGCUGUAGGCAGGGCUAACAAGGCUCCAGGAUCUACAUCCUCAGCGAAAGCGAAAGACGACACCGACAUCGAGGCAGCUGCGACAUCCGAGUUCUGCUUUUCCAAGCUUGCAACUGUGCCAGUUCAAUUCGCAGGCGCCACUGAAAUGAGCAAGUUGCGUAUUGGUGAUCAUGUCCUGACAUCAAGUGGGUAUGCGCCGAUCUACGGAUUUGCGCACGAUGACACGACAACUAAAGCCAGUUUUCUCCAGAUUUACACCGAAAACUCCAGCAAGAACCCUCUCGAAAUGACAGGAGAGCAUCUAGUCUAUUUGCCAAACCAAAGCAAUCCUGUCCGAGCAGACUCUAUUAAAGUGGGGCAUGUUCUCGCAAAUGAAGCCGACGGAGCACGGGUAACAAAGAUCGGGAAAGUGACGAGGGAGGGUUUGUAUGCGCCGUUGACUCCCGAUGGAACCAUUGUGGUCGACGGGAUUGUUUGUUCGUGCUACGUAUCUCUACAAACGGACGAAAAGGAGUAUGUUAGUUUGAAAGGAGGAUUCAGCACCGUGUUCUCCCAGCAUGUGAUAUCACACAUGUGGCUGGCUCCUGUGAGAAUGAUUUGCCUGGGGGUUUCCACUGAUCUCUGCGAUUCUUUCGAUGGUGAAAGCGGUAUGGCUCAUUUUGCUGAAUUGGGGUUUGCCAUCGCUCGUCAUGUUCAAAGGCAAAGCUUUCUGGUGCAAGUCAUUUCCCUCAUUAUCUAUCUGCUGGUCUUGGUGCCCUUGGUAGCCCUGGAAAGCAUCGCAGGACCUCGAUGGUCGAUCUGCGUCCUUGGUACAGGUAUCAUUGCAGCUGCGAUGCAAAGGACAACAGGCUUCCGCGUUCGUCUAUCCAUCAAGAAGAAGAUGGACUAGCUUGCUGCUGGAACACUGUAGCUUGGAUUCAAACAACAAUGUUACAAUAGGGACGCCGCUGGGCCGGGUGGCAUGAUGUUAGUAUUGGCAGCACUCACUGCCCCAAACUAGCUAUUUAGCAGGAACUUUAGAAUAGAGAAUAAUACACUGGCAUUUGCGGCUAUGUUACUUCGUUGCAGCACGCAACGACUUUCUCUCUCCUAGUUAGCACUGACCA